UGAUCUCCAUUUGCACUCAGGGGGCACCGGCCAGUGCGGAAGGUUCGGCGGAGAGCAAGGGAAGGAAGAACGGCGUGGGGACCCUGUUCCGGGGGUGGGCGCACACGCUUUCACCUCCAGCCUUUCAUCGGCUGCAUCGGAGCGGGAAGCCAGAGUGGAAACUCGCUCGGGGGAAGCCGAAAGGACUUGGCGUCUUCACGGCGGGUUCCCCGGAGGAGGUACCGGAGCGCCGAGUCUGGAUGAACGGGGAGCACCGCGCACGGUGGGAGGGGGACGCGCUCUGCAGCAUCCGAGCCUGGAGCACCAGCAACAUGCCCCCGCGGUGAAGCGAGCGUGGAGGGAGGAGCGAACGUGGAUUGAUUUCAUGGGAGAUUGCGCUCCUCGCUGGCCCGGCGUCGUCGUGCAGCACUCGUGUCCGGGAUGGGGAAGGAGCAGGAGCUGCUCGAGGCCGCCCGCACCGGGAACGUGGCCGUGGUGGAGAAGCUGCUGAGCGGCAAGAGGGGCUUGCUGGGCUCGGGCUCGGGUUCCAUUCCGCUGCCCAACCUGCUGAGCAUGUGGAAGGGCCUCAACGUCAACUGCACGGACAGCUCGGGAUACACGCCGCUGCAUCACGCCGCGCUCAACGGACACAGGGAGGUGGUGCUGAAGCUGCUCCAGUUCGAGGCGUCGGCCAACGUGGCCGACAGCAAGGGCUGCGUGCCGCUGCACUUGGCCGCCUGGCGGGGCGACGUGGACAUCGUGCGCAUCCUCAUCCGACACGGGCCCUCGCGCUGCCAAGUCAACCAGCAGAACCACGAGCGGGAGACGGCGCUGCACUGCGCGGCGCAGUAUGGCCACUUGGAGGUGGUGUCGGUGCUGCUCCAGGAGCUGACGGACCCCACCAUGAGAAACAGCCGGCAGGAGACCCCCUUGGACCUGGCGGCGCUCUACGGACGUCUGCAGGUGGUGUGCAUGCUGGUGAGCGCCCACCCCAACCUGAUGGGCGUGCGCGGCCGCCGACACACGCCGCUGCACCUGGCCGCGCGCAACGGACACCGCAGCGCGGCCGAGACGCUGCUGGAGGCCGGCAUGGACGUCAACUGCGUGACGGAGAAUGGCAGCGCCCUCCACGAGGCCGCCCUCUACGGGAAGACGGAUGUAGUUCGCCUGCUGCUCGACUCAGGGAUUGACACAAAUCUACGAGAUAGCCUGGGAAGAACAGCUUUAGACAUCCUCCGAGAACAUCCUGCGGUCAAAUCUCAGCAGAUCACUGCUCUCAUUCAGGAAUAUGUGACGGAUGAAAUGGAGCGGCGCAGCAUGGCGGAGGAGCCCAUCCGCAAGUGUCCCGUCCCCGCGCCCCGCACCUCCAUCUCCUCGCCCUCGGCCUCGCCCUCCUUCAGGCACAAGAAUGACGCGGUGACCGGCGAGCUGUCCAAGCUGCUACACGAGAUCAAAAAGUGCCGCGACCGCGACUACUCCUUCGAGGAGCUGUGCCACACCAUCUCCUCGCACUCCAUGGACAGCUUCGGCAGCGGACGGCUGUCGGACGAAGAGCGGGCGGAUGCGCUCAACGGCACCCUGACGUGCGCCGUCAAGCGGCCAACCCCGCCCCUAGCCGUGGCCCCCGAGGAAGAGGCCGACCGCGAUCAAACGGAGAGGAGCUGCGGCCCUACCGGAUUCUGGGAGGCGCUCAGCCCCUGCAACGGCUGCCACAACCUGGGCUUCUCCAACCUGUCGCAGGAUUCCAAGUGUCCGGGGGACGCGCCCGCUUCGCCGUCAUUGGAUGUGUUCCCGCCGGAGGACGAGGACAACCCCUACGAGUCGGUGACCACCGCCGUCACGCGCAAGCCCUGCUCGCUGGACGUGGGCCAGCGCCCCGACGUCUGGCCGCGGAACGGUCACUUGUCCCAUGGAGCCAGGCAGGGGGGGCGCGGUGACCAUGGCAACCACUCCACGGGCCCGACUCCAGACUGCUCGCCCCCCUCCCCUGACACGGCCCUGAAGAACAUCGAAAGAGUCAUCCACCCACAGCCCAAACAGCGCACGUCUCUGUCGUCGUCCUUGGACGUGCAGCGGCCCGUCAACCACAGCUGCGAGCCCAGCGAGGUCAGCUCGUCACUGGGCUACGCCAGCUUCAGCACCAGCCCCCCGGCCAGCCCGCCCAUCAGCCCCAACCAAGAACGGGACCAGGACUCGGCCGGGUCCAACGACGACUGUCCCCUGACAGACGACGCGCCAAACUAUGGCCAGCCGCCGUUAGAGGACCGGCGCAAGAGUCGCAUACCGGAGGAGUUUGCGGGCCUCCUGCACGGCUCGUCCCCGGCCUGCGAGACGCCGGAAACGCCCUACCACCUCUACAGCCCCAAACCUCGCAAGCACGCCUCGACGGGCCUGCGGCCGCCCGAUUUGGACUGCGCGGUCGCACCGGCGACCCCGAAACCUUGCGCGAAACCCCAGGUGGUCUACCGGACUGUAUUCUACACCAGAGUCAACCAGGACCUGGAUCGCCGAGUGGACUCGGGUUGCGGAACGAACGGCGAGGUUGUCGGAGGGAGUGCGCCCAAGGGCCCCGGCUACGAGGAGAGGGCCUGCACCCUGGGCAGAAUGAGGUCCAUGCCCCGCAGCGUGCUGGACCUGCAGCUCUCCAAGUCCCUGUCCAAGUCCGACUCCAACCUGGUCGCCGUGUCGCCCAUACAGGAGGAGAACGUUUGGGAGUCUCCAUCUCGCGGCCAAGGCUCGGCGAGUUCAAGCGCGGCCGGCGACGGAACCGCCCCGGCGGGAAAACUGGAAAGAACGCCCUCGUUUACAGCCGAGUGGGAGGAGAUCGACAAGAUUAUGAGCUCCAUCGGGGCGGGAAUAAACAGCGGACUGGAUGCGAAGGAGCACAAUUCAGGUCCCAGAUGCCCCGCUGCAGUCGGUGGGCCAGUGGCUGGACUCCAUUGGCUUGGUCCAGUACGAAAACCACCUGCUGGCCAACGGCUUCGACAACGUCCAGUUCAUGGGCAGCAACGUGGUGGAGGACCAGGACCUGCUGGAAUCGGCAUCCUCAACUCGGCCCACAGACAGCGCCUCCUGCAGGCCAUACGGCUCCUGCCCAGGGUGCGGCCAAUCGGCUACGACGGCAACAACCCGACGUCGGUGGCCGAGUGGCUGGAGUCGCUGGAGCUGGGCGACUACACCAAGUCCUUCCUCGUCAAUGGCUACACGUCCAUGGAGCUGGUCAAGAAGAUCUGGGAGAUUGAGCUCAUCAACGUUCUGAAGAUUAGUCUGAUCGGCCACCGCAAACGGAUCUUGGCCUCGUUGGGGGACCGACUCCACGAGGACACCCCCCAGAAACCCCCGCGGGCCAUCUCCCUCCGGGAGCCCGGCGGCAUUCACACUCCCCCUCAGCUCAGCCCGGCGGCGUACGCGGCGGGGGUCCCGGGCGGCUCCCUGGACGUGCAGCACCUCAUCAUGCAGGCGGACGCGCGGCGGCGCCAGCGCAGCAACGACAACUACUUUGACGACGUGCCGCGAUCCAAACUGGAGCGGCAGAUGGCCCAAGUCAGCAUGGUGGGUGACGGGAAGCGCCUCGGAUCUGUGUUGCCCCCCCUCCUCCACUCCCCCUCGACGCCUGAGAUUGGCUGUCGUUCGCAGGCGGGCGAGUGGUGCGAACCCAUCACGUUGCGUCCGCCCAACGAGGCCACCUCGUCCACACCCGUUCAGUACUGGCAACACCACCCUGAGAAGCUCAUCUUCCAGUCCUGUGACUACGAAGCUUACUACCUGGGCUCCAUGCUGGUGAAGGAGCUGAGGGGCACCGAGUCGACGCACGACGCCUGCGCCAAGAUGAGGAAGUCGACGGAGCAGAUGAAGAAGGUGCCCACCAUCAUCCUCUCCGUGUCCUACAAGGGGGUCAAGUUCAUCGACGCCACCAACAAGAACAUCAUCGCCGAGCACGAGAUCCGCAACAUCUCGUGCGCCGCUCAGGAUCCCGAGGACCUGUCCACCUUCGCCUACAUCACCAAAGACCUCAAGUCCAGCCACCACUACUGCCACGUCUUCACCGCCUUCGACGUGAACCUGGCGUACGAGAUCAUCCUGACGCUGGGCCAGGCCUUCGAGGUGGCCUACCAGCUGGCCCUGCAGGCGCGCAAGAGCGGCCACGGCUCGUCCACGCUGCCCGAGAGCUUCGACAGCAAGCCGGGCAAACCCGUGCCCAAACCGCGCGGCGUCAACAUCCGGAAAUCCAUGGAGCAGGCGUCCAUGGAGCAGAAGGGCCACGCCAACGUCCCGUGGAUAGUGGAGCCGGGUCAGGAGGCCAAGAGAGGAGUCAACACCAAGGCAGUGGCGGACGCUCAUGUCUUUUACUGUGGAAAUCAAAGAAUGUAGCCAGCCAUAAACACAUGGACCUUGUCAGGCAUAACACGCACGCUCUUUUCAAAGGACUACAAACAUGGACUCCCUCCCCCACCGCUGUUCCGCGUUUAAGCUUGACUGCUUUGUGACACACAAACACACAAUAGGGAAGUGAAUGUUCUGCUCCAACCUUUUUUGUGGGGGAGGUUACCAUGGAGAUGGACAAUUGGGCAUGUCUUUUUUUUUUUUUAACAGAUUCAAGGUGAGAAGACUGGUAUCAAUGUUUAGUAUGAGAGUAUUAUAACACCACCCAAAUGAUCUUGUGCAAUUCUCAUCUGCUGUCACCCUCAUGUCAGAUUAUUUUUCUAUGCGCUCGAGACCGAUGGCCGCCCCCCCCUGAAAAAAAACAACAAAAAAAGAAGCGUGAAUGUGCUGACCUCCGUCCCUCCUCUCUGCACUGUAUUCAACUACUGUACGUAUGGGAUCUGAGGGGAUAAAAUGUACAUAAAUAUUUUGCCAACUCAUUGUUGAUAACUGUAAUGUAAAAGAUGGACAGAUACUAUGUGGCACUGGGAAAAAAAAAAGCUAAACCAAGACAAAAAAGAAGACAUGUACUAGAUGAUUCUAUAGAUGAUGUACUUGGAGUGACAUUCAUGUAAAUAGGCUUGGGCUUCCAGCACGCUGAUUUUUUUGUAAUUUUAUGCCAUUAUUUAUAACCCUGUAAAGCACACAUGGAAUAAAAUAUGACUUGUACAACCAUGA